AUGAGUCCAACCUAUAAUUAUAUUGUUCCACAAUUAUAUUGUAAUGGUUAAGUAAUGUUAAAUCUUAUUCUCAAGGUUUGUGUUGAGGAUUAAAAAACUUGCUCAGACAAAAACUAUUAAAUUGAUCCUGAUUUUAAGUAUAAGAAUAUAGUAACCGAGUUCAAUUUAUUUUGUGACAAUAAAAAAUACAUCAUGAUUACAAGUACAAUCAACUUUUUAGGAUCAGUGAUUGGAGGCGCAAUCCUCAGCCAGAUUUCUGACUAUUGGGGAAGAUAUAAAACACUAUUGUUUUCUCUAGUUUUUACUAAUAUUGGAUUCAUUGGAAUCUAUUUUAGUGCAACCAUUUUACAACUGAUAAUAUUUACUUUCAUAUUUGGGUUCUUUUAGGUUGGAGUCUACAUCAUGAUUCCAGUCAUGAUUAAUGAAAUAAGUGGCUACGAAAUCAAACAAAUAUAUUCAACAGGAACUUUAGUCUUUUGGUGUUUAGGGGAGAUUCUAAUGGCUAUUUCAUUUUUCGCCAUAACAAAUUGGAGAACCAUUCAAUUACUUUUUAUAGUUAUUCCAGGCCUCAUCUCUCUAAUCUUAACAUGCUUUUCAGUUCAAGAAAGUCCAAGAUAUUUGUAUUAGAUGAAAGAUUAUGAUAAAGCACUUAAUGUUUUUCGUUACAUAGCAAAUGUAAACGGCAAGGAAUUUGAUGAACAAGCAUUAGAACAUUCUUAAAUGAAUAGUCUUCGAACUACUUAUUCAAUUUUUGAUUUAUUUAAGCUUAGACAGUUUGCGUCCUCUUCAGUUGGAUUUAUCCUAAUUUCUUUUGCUUUGCACUUAAUUUAUUAUGGUGGAUAGUUUGUGCUGCAAGAUAUUUCAAUUGGAAAUAUGAUAUACAAAAUAGGAAUUCUUCUUGGAAUUAGUGAAUUAAUUGGUUACUCUUUAAUUACUUACUUGAUACCUAAAUUAUAAAGAAAAUAUAAUCAAAUAUUAUUCUUUUCGAUUUAAAUUCUAGGAUGCUUAGCAUUUUUAUCCUAUGGAAUUUCUUAAUAUAAACUUGAAUGCCAGGGUUGUAUUGAAGAAAUAAUUGUUAUUUUACUAUGUUGUUUGAUACGAUUCUUUAACAGUUUCGGAUUUGGUCUUUAACGAUAGCAUACUCUUGAAAUUUAUCCAACUUCAAUACGUGGCACAGGCUCUGGAUUUCUAUUUACUCUUGGAAUCUUAGGUUCAUUUUCAUCCUCAUAUAUGAUUGCUUUAGCAAGCUAUUUCGAAAUGAAUCAAGUAGCCUUUUUGGGUAUUUGUUCAAUUUCUGGAAUAAUUGGAGCUAUUUUAACCAAAGAAACCUUUCAAAAAAGAUUAAUUGAUGACGUAGAUGAAUCAAUAAAGGAAACAUACUUAGAAGAUGGGAUGCUGAAAACAAAUUGA